AUGUCUAUUCAAUUAAAGAGUACCAGAAAUCGUAAGAUCAAGCUUGCGGCUUCUGCUGGAGCUGUACUCGUGGGAGUUACAUAUGUUAUAUUAACAACUUUUCCACAUUUAAAAACUUCUAUUUACAACAUUUUUACUGGUACUGAACUGCAACCAUCCAAUGAUAAUGAACCAAUAGAGCUCAGAGAUUCCGACGAGUCAAACUAUGAAGAAUCUGACUAUGACUCAGAAUCAGAAGCUGAAGUUCGACCUGAAGUUGAAGUUGAAGCUUCUAAUGGUUCUAUUGAUGUGCUGGAAAGUUUGGUCAAUGUUGAAAAAUGGUCAGAUGAUAAUUUAAAAAGUUGGCUCAGCGAAAAAGAUAUCACACCUCCGUCCAAUGCUUCUCAUAAUAACCUUGUUUCCCUUGUUAACUCAAUUAAAGAAAAUUCUACUUAGUUACGAUUUGAUUGUGAAUUUGAAUUUGACUAAGAUAGUUGCCACCAUAAUAUUGUACGUCCAAAAACUUGUAAAAUAGUUUUGGAUUUGUCUUGUGAUAUUAUGUCCCGAGAGGGGAAAAUGACCUCAAUGAUAUUUCAACUAAAGAAUUUUAUAAUUACGAGAUAUAUACAUGACUAAUAACUUCUAUAUGUAUACUAUAUAUUUCUGUCUAUACACCAUGUAUUUUUCUAUUUAUACAA